AUGUUGGAACGGAGGAGGUGGAAGGAGGAGAGAAAAGUUGGCGCUCCCGUCCUCUCCGUGGCUCCUUUCCUCCACGGCUGGCUGUUGUGUGGGGCCUCAUCCUCCUCUCGGCUGCUGCUGGACGCCUCGUCUCUCCACCCGCUCGCCCCUCGGCUCCAGCCCCACCUUCCUGCGGCCCGAUGGGGAAGAAGGAGCUCUUUGCUAAGUCUGCCCAUCCCGGACGGAGCGGGCCAGACCCCAGAUCUGAGUCCUGUAGAAAUGUGCGAGCCUCAUGGACGUACAGGAAACCACGCCAGCAGACAGGCCGUUGGGGUCCGGCCACUGGGCCUUAUGGGCGUCCGACUGUCUCCACAGCCCGGCAGCGGUCCGGCCGCCGGCCAGCGCAGGCGCCACGCCGACAAUAGCCACCCCGACAACGGCCACCUGAUCUACGCCAGCGGGGACCUCCUCCAGGACAGAUAUGAGAUAGGCGACACUCUGGGCGAGGGGACUUUCGGGAAGGUGGUGCAGUGUGUGGACCACAGCAGAGGGGGGAGGCCAGUGGCUCUGAAGAUCAUUAAAAACAUGGAGAAAUACCGAGAGGCGGCCAAACUGGAAAUCAACGUCCUGGAGAGGAUCAGUGAGAAGGAGCCGCCCCACAAACAUCACUGCGUGCAGAUGCUGGACUGGUUCAGCUACUACGGCCACGUCUGCAUCUCCUUCGAGCUGCUGUCUCUCAGCACCUUCGACUUCCUCAAAUCCAACAACUUCCUGCCGUAUCCGGUGGACCAGAUCCGGCACAUGGCGAGCCAGAUCUGCCACGCCGUCAGCUUUCUCCAUGACAACAAGCUGACUCACACCGACCUGAAGCCCGAGAACAUCCUCUUCGUCAACUCCGACUACUCCCUCGUGUACAACGCUCAGAAGAAGUGCGAUGAGAGGAGGAUAAAGGACACCACGGUGAGGCUGGUGGACUUCGGCAGCGCCACCUUUGAUCAUGAACAUCACUCCGUUGUGGUCUCCACGCGCCACUACCGGGCCCCGGAGGUCAUCCUGGAGCUGGGCUGGAGUCACCCCUGCGACGUGUGGAGCGUGGGCUGCAUCCUGUUCGAGUACUAUGAGGGCUUCACCCUGUUCCAGACUCACGACAACAGGGAGCAUCUGGCCAUGAUGGAGAAGGUCCUGGGCCCGCUCCCUCCGGGGAUGAUCCUCAGGAGCAGGAGGCAGAGGGAUUUCCACCGAGGCCGGCUGGACCGGAGCGCCUGCUCAAAGGCCGGCCGCCUGGCCAAGUCCAAGUGCAAACCGCUCAGGAAGUACCUGUUGUCUCAGGGUGCAGAGCACCACCAGCUCUUUGACCUGCUGGAGCAGAUGCUGGAGUACGAGCCCUCCAGACGCGUCCCUCUGGCCGCCGCCCGGAGCUGCCCGUUCCUCCUGCCCCCCCCCCAGCAGGGGAGGACUCAGGUCUGGAGGAGGAGCUGGGACCUGAGCAGAUGAACCCCGUCGACUGAGUGUCCCCCCCGCGGACCCCGUCGGAAAGGCGUCGAAUGUGCUCCAUAUUCAAAGAGGAGGAGGCAGAUUGGAAAGAUCCCUCACAGACGGGGAGCUGCAGAGCAGCAGGCUGAGAUGGACCGCCGCUAUCCAGCAGCAGGUUUAGGCGUCUGACAGCUUGAUUUAGUUAGAACAACACAGAGCGGAUCUCUGGGGCGGGAUGGAGAGUAGAUUAGCAGAAGUUGGCAAAUGAAAGGCAUUUCAUUAGAAUUGGGUUUGGUUUGCACGGCGACAGAUCAGAGCAAACCUCCUCACAGGGCAGAAAUCCCAUCAUUUUCCGCUUAAAAAGGUUUAUCUUGUCUUCAUUAUUAAUGUUAAUCUGUUCCUGGUGUACCUGUGUUCGCUGUCUGAAAUGUGAAGGAAAACCACGAGGAGCAGAACUCUUUAAAUGGUUAUUUUUCUCUGCCACGCCUCUGCCUCCAGAGUCAGCUUCUGAGGACGCCCCGAGGUUCCCCGUGUGCUGGCAGCCGGCUUAUUACCAAGGUGGUGGUUUUUGUAAUAAAUUUUGUAUCUUCUGUAUCCGUAUCUGUGUCCUGUUCACCUCCCGUCCACGGAAAAUGGUUUGUUGUUCUUAGUUUAAGCGACCGUGUUGGUGGGGUAUGGUAAAAAGAAAUAAAUAUGCAUUUAUUA